AUGGCCACCGCCGCCGAACGCAUCGGUGACACCAAAGUGCCCAUGUCGCUCCUCGAGAAGGGAGCGUACAUCAACUACCAGCGCAUCGAGGACAACCUCGCCAUUGUUCGUAGCAGGCUCAACCGCCCUCUGACGCUCUCGGAGAAGAUCCUGUACGGGCAUCUUGACGAUCCCCAUGGCCAGGACAUCGUCCGUGGCACCAGCUACCUCAAGCUUCGCCCUGACCGUGUUGCGUGCCAGGACGCUACGGCUCAGAUGGCGCUCCUCCAGUUCAUGUCGGCUGGCAUGGACACAGCGGCGGUCCCAACUACCGUCCACUGUGACCAUCUUAUCGAGGCGCAGAUCGGCGGUGUGAAGGAUCUUGCUCGCGCGAUCGACAUCAACAAGGAGGUCUACGACUUCCUUGCCACGGCUACGGCUAAGUACGGUCUCGGUUUCUGGAAACCCGGUUCUGGAAUCAUCCACCAAAUCAUCCUCGAGAACUAUGCCUUCCCCGGUGGUCUCAUGAUCGGUACGGACUCGCACACCCCCAACGCCGGUGGUCUCGGUAUGGCCGCUGUCGGUGUCGGUGGCGCGGACGCGGUCGACGUUAUGGCUGGACUUCCUUGGGAACUGAAGUGCCCGAAGACCAUCGGUGUUGAACUUAAGGGCAAGAUCAGUGGCUGGACUACACCUAAGGACGUCAUCCUCAAGGUUGCUGGCAUCCUCACGGUCAAGGGCGGCACUGGCGCAAUUGUUGAGUACUACGGCGAGGGUGUUAAUUCGUUGUCCUGCACGGGUAUGGCGACCAUCUGCAACAUGGGUGCUGAGAUUGGUGCGACCACGUCGAUCUUCCCCUUCAACCACCGCAUGCAGGACUACCUCACGGCCACCAAGCGCGCGGACAUUGGCGAAUACGCUCAGCGCUUCUCGCACAACCUCGUCGCGGACAAGGGUGUCGAGUACGACCAGCAGAUCACCAUUGACCUCAACGAGCUCGAACCCCACAUCAACGGCCCCUUCACCCCGGAUCUUGCUACUCCCGUCUCCAAGUUCAAGGAUGAGGUCAUCAAGAACAACUGGCCAGCCGAGCUCAAGGUCGCUCUCAUUGGUUCUUGCACCAACUCGUCGUACGAGGACAUGUCCCGCGCCGCUUCCAUCGCCAGGCAGGCGUCCUCCCACGGUCUCACCACCAAGUCCAAGUUCACUGUCACCCCCGGUUCCGAGCAGGUCCGCGCUACCAUCGAGCGUGACGGUCAGAUGGCCGCCCUCGAGGAGGUUGGUGGUCUCGUCUUGGCAAACGCUUGCGGGCCCUGCAUCGGUCAAUGGGACCGCAAGGACGUGAAGAAGGGCGAGAAGAACUCGAUCAUCACCUCGUACAACCGUAACUUCACCGGCCGUAACGACGCAAAUCCCGCCACGCACGCCUUCGUCGCCUCCCCCGACAUCGUCACUGCGUUUGCGUUUGCCGGCGACCUCCGCUUCAACCCCCUCACUGACGAGCUCACCGGCGCCGACGGCAAGAAGUUCAAGUUUGACGACCCCAACGGCCUUGAGCUCCCGCCCAAGGGCUACGACCCCGGACAGAACACCUUCCAGGCCCCUCCUUCCGACCGUGCUUCCGUCCAGGUCGCUGUUGACCCCAAGUCUGACCGUCUCCAGCUGCUUAAGCCCUUCAAGCCUUGGGAUGGCAAGACCCCGACCGACCUCCCGAUCCUCAUCAAGGUCAAGGGCAAGUGCACGACCGACCACAUCUCCGCCGGCGGCCCCUGGCUCAAGUACCGCGGCCACCUCGAGAACAUCUCACAAAACUGCCUGAUCGGCGCAAUCAACUCUGAGAACGGCGAGGCGAACAAGGUUAAGAACCAGAUCACGGGCGAGUACGGCGCGGUGCCGGCGACGGCGGCCUACUACCGCGACCACGGCAUCAAGUGGGUCGUCGUUGGUGACCACAACUACGGCGAGGGUUCGUCGCGCGAGCACGCCGCGCUCGAGCCGCGUUUCCUCGGCGGCCUCGCGAUCAUCACCCGCUCCUUCGCCCGCAUCCACGAGACCAACCUCAAGAAGCAGGGCAUGCUCGCCCUCACGUUCGCCAACCCGGACGACUACGAGAAGGUCCGCCCCGACGACCGCGUCGACAUCCUCGGCCUCGAGACCUUUGCGCCCGGCAAGAACCUCACGCUCCGUCUGAAGCACUCUGACGGGUCGCAGGAGGAGCUCCCGCUCGCGCACUCGUUCAACGAGGGCCAGAUCGAGUGGUUCAAGGCAGGCUCCGCGCUCAACCUCAUGGCCGCCAAGGCGAACGAGGCUAAGGCCUCCGCAUAA